AUCGCGAAAUUGCAAAAAAAAGACUUAUCAAAAGGCGUAUUCAAAGUCACCCUACUGAAACUGAAGAACAGGCCAUUUUUAGAGUUGAAAAUAAUGACAUGGUGAAUGCCAAUUAUAUUUUAGAAAACAGUUUGAUACCAACUAGAACGAUAAUUAGCGCAGAUGAUCCUGCUCAUAUUACCUAA